AUGUCCGCCAAGCACGAUUUACCUCGAACAUUAUCACUUUCACCUGCUCGCGUAUUGCCAUGUCUUGUUAAAGAGGAUAAAUCACGCCCUUUGCCUGGCUUUACUCACUCAAUUGGUCCAUCCUUAUGUUUAGAUUAUUGUUCGUCCUAUCACGGAUCAGGAUCAAUUAAAUGCGGGCUCAAGCAAGUAAUACCGCAGGUUUCAUCUAAUACAUCACCUCAUAAGCACAUACCAAUUGCAGAUCGGCUAAGUGGUUCAUCUCAUUUUAAGACAAAUGCUGGCAAAAGUCAACUACAAUGUGGUGAAAGAGGACAACAUAGCUUGGCCGGUAAUGAAUUUGGAACUAAUAUGAAUGCAUCUCAUAUGAUGCACAGUUGUGGCUCGUUGAAGAUGGCAGAAGAGGUUUCAGAACGGGAGAGCCUCGCAAUUAAUGUAGAGGGCAGAAGCAAGGUUAGUGGACGAGUGAACUCGACAGGUGUAUCCAGUGCAACCGAACAAGCACAAAAUGGACAGGUAGUAAAUGCCUUUUAUCCAAGAAAGUGCACUUUAAUUGCCACAAUAAUUACAAAUAAUAUAAAAAACAUUAUUAAAGUCAUUCAUUUAUAUGAACCUAGUAAGCCAAUUCAGUUUAGAUAG